UCUAGUUGAGUUACUCCGUUGUAUCUGGUUGUACCAGAGUCAGGUAUCUAGGUGCGGAGUAGAACUAAUGUGUAUACGGGGUUUCACGAGGCUUACUCCGGGUUAUAUCAGGGAGUAGGAGGAAGGAGGAGGCCGGGGAAUAAUUAGUUUAGUUUCAUUCUAUCCUCAGUAUAGAGAAGCACCUGGAGAAGUAUACUUAUUACACAGUAGAGAGGAGCAAUUUAAUUCAGAAGUAGAACUGAUCUAACACAAGUGCCAGUACUGAAGAGUACAAGGAGAAUUAAGUAUAAAGGAGCACCUGGAGAAACUAACCAAUCUGUGCUGAACCUGAAUAAGAAUGUGUGAGGAGGAGAGUGUUCAGUAUAUCAGAGACCUCUGUCGGGAAAAGGAAAUACUAGAACAAGUUCCAGACAAACAGACAACAGAGAUUACGGUCAAACUUCUAGCUCAAGAAAUCAGCCGAGUUCAGAAUGGGGGCAGACCGCCGGGCAGGGAGAACCGGUUAUUGGAUGUUUACAACGAGAAACCAGUUCGAGUUAGUGCUCGUGUUCUUGUUCCAGUCAAGGAACAUCCAAGGUUUAAUUUUGUGGGUAAGCUGCUUGGCCCACGUGGGAACUCUUUGAAGAAGCUCCAGGAUGACACCAUGACCAAAAUGGCGGUUCUGGGCAGAGGCUCCAUGAGAAAUAAACAGCAUGAGGAAGAACUUCGAGCUUCCGGGGAACCUAAACAUAAUCAUCUUCAAGAGGAACUUCAUGUCGAGGUUACAGCAUUUGCUUCCCCUGCUGAAGCAUAUGCCCGCUUAGCCCUGGCUCUGACCGAAGUGCGUAAAUAUUUGAUCCCAGACGGAAACGAUGAGAUCCGUCAGCGGCAGAUGAAGGAGAUACAGAUCCUGAAGAAGAUGCAGGACAAGCAGGAGGAAAGGACGGAGGACAGUGGUCAGGAGUCUGACGUCAGCACUUCUCCAACCUCCGAACCUUCUCCGGUGAUGCACUCUUCCCCCAACACUAGCCCCCCGCCCCUGGAGAACCAAUCCUUGUCUCCACACUCCGACAAGAACGGGAAAAUAUACGAUCCCCGGAGUAAAUCAAUCCUGGAGAGGAUCAGGCACAAAAGGGAUUCUGGAGAGGAUCGAGAGCUGAUUAGGGAUGCGGAUCUACAUGUCGGGAUCGCCACUAAAUCAAUCUUAGAUCGGAUUCUACCAGGGCAUGCCAAGGAUCGGCAGAAAAGGGAUCUAGAAAUAUCCGUAGAUCGGGAUGGAUAUGAUCAGCCUGUUUGGAAGAAGAUGAAGUAAUGUAAAUUAUGUGUACCCCCCACCCUCCCCCUUCCCCUCAAACCCUUAUACUAUGUAUCGAUACUCAUCAAAUAUAUAAACAUUUAUAAUAAAUAAAGUAAAAUUAUGAAAAUGUCUUCAGUCGUGAAUUUUUUAAGAAUAGUUUUACACUUUUAACUUCAUAAUCUUGGGAUUUCCAAAAUGUUGUCGGCUGUAUAAAUCAUCAAGAUUCUUCCACCAUUUAUUAUAUUUGAAGACCAAACUUUUUACGAUCUAAAGUCGAAGAAGAUCUGCACAUAGUUUUAUUGUAUUCUUACACCAGGCAGACGUGUUACGUUAUAAUAAAUAUUUUAUUCAUA